UCAAAAUCCUUGAGAAGAGAAACUUAAAGGAGGCAAUUCUCUUUACCAAACCACCACCACCACCACCACCGGUGCCACCGUUUCAUCUCUUUAUUCUUUUCUCCAAUUUCUCCGAUUUUCUCUCCUUCUCCUUUCCUCAAGUCAAAAUUUUCUCUGCUCAAUUCCACUACUGGGGGAAUUUUCCCCUCCAGCUUUGUUACCCUUUCAUUUCCCCAGCUGGUCACUAUUUAUCUGUAUGUGUGUUUGUGUCUCUGAACUUUCCUUUCCGAGAUCGUAGAUCUUGGUGUCGGUGGUGGUCGAUCGGAGUUCAUGUCUCCGUCGAAUGGUUUGCAGAACGGAGGGGUGGGAGGUGGUGGACUCAAUUAUAUAGAGCAUCGGGUUUCCAAAUUGGACACUCUCGCCGGUGUGGCCAUCAAGUAUGGUGUUGAGGUAGCUGACAUUAAAAAGAUGAAUGGGUUAGCCACAGAUCUUCAAAUGUUUGCAAUGAAGGCACUGAGGAUUCCACUACCAGGGCGACAUCCGCCAUCAUCCAGUCAGCCUAAUGGAUCUUCCAAAUCGAGGGAUAAUAGCCCAGACAGGCGACCUCCUCGUAUAGGUCAAUCUGGCAUGCAGGAACCUUUGCAGUCUUUAAGACUGAAAGCUCCCCGGCAGAGCACGUCACCAGCAAUGACUACCUUACAGGAAUACUAUGGGCUCAAAUCUUUAAAUCCCAGGGGUACAUCUGAAGGAACGGAAAUGGCAGUAUAUUCAUCUGCUGGUUCAAAUUAUUUCAGAGAGGAAUGGCUUCCCAAAGCCUCACCAAUGUCAGAUGUGCCACCCGAUUUACUAACAGGGAACAGUGCAGUACCUGAGUAUGUGCCUCUUGUAGAAACUUGGAAUGGAGGAGGUGACAAGUCAGAAGAGAAAUCUGUCCGCAGGCGACAGAAAUCUGAAGUUGAUAGUGGAGCUGGUACCCCAGAAAAGCUAUUGAAAGAAGAAAACACUGGUGGGGCCAGUGGUUUCUCUCCUUCAACAGGGAAACGUUUGGCCAUGAGGCCAAAAUCAGCUAGCAGAACUCUGCUACAUUCUGAUUCUGAGUCAGGACCUUUGGAUUCAAUUCCUGUAGGCCUCGGAGAAUCUAUAAUGAUUGAUGGACUUUCUACUGUGCAUAAAUCUUCAAGUACAUCAAGCCUCAAAGAGCAGGAGAAGAAUAGCUCAGCAACAGUCUGGCCAACUGGAUGGAGUUUGAAACCAGACUUGCAAGCUCUUUCAACUGCUGCUAUCGCCAAACCCAUAUUUGAUGGCUUACCUAUCCCAAUAACCGGUCGUAGGAGCAAAACUGCCCUUGAUUAGGGUAAUUCAUUCCCAUUCUUUGAGCCAAUUUAUUUUUUGACACUGUAUGAACAUGAGGCCAAAAAGAAAAAAAAAGAAAAGAAAAAGAAAAACCAAGAUGUGCAUUUCUUUCGGUUGAGCAAACUUGUGGAAAGAAAAGGAAAUCAAAAUACUGGGUUAGGAUAUUUAUUUCAGGCAUAGAAUAACAAGAGAUGGAUGUUCUCCCUGGAAAGGAAAAGGAUGGUGGCGGAGGUGCAGCUGGGGAAACACUUCCGUGAUAAAGGGCUGCAACUAGUUUCUGGCAAGUGUACCAAUAAUAUGACUGCAGUCCUUCCUUUAUUCGUAGUUCGGUUAGAUAUCAAAGUGGAAAAUGAAUUUUUAAAUAGAUGGAAUCAAGUUAAAUGUCAUUUUGUCCAGUUCAUCAUUCAUUCUUAUCCGAAUAUGUAUCUAUCAUGAUUUAUUGUUGAGACCCUUUAUAUUUGCAACCAUGUGGCCUCGGUUUCCAUUUUUCUUUUUAUGAUUGCUACUAGGGAAUCUGGUCUAUGUAUUUCACUAUUCAGAUUGCAAUCUAUUUUUAAAGCGGGGGAGUUCAUCUGCCAUUCUGCCUUAUAAGGCAGUGCCCUA